CCAAAAAAAAAUGGCGAGGUGUCGCCACUCGGACUCGGUGUCUCUACGACACCUGUUUUGAACCUCGAAGCAUUUACGCGUGAAGCUGCCAUUAGUUCGGCAUUCAUGAGUGCCUUGACGCUGGACGCCCGAGAGGAGAGCAUGGAGCUUUCACCGUACCUGGACGACGUUCUUCCCCAUGGGAUGGCAGCAGACCUCAAGUUGCUCAUGGCAGAAAUGAAAAACCAAAACCUGGACGUCAUUCGCUUUGCCUCAUACCGUACGGCCUGCAAGCUCCGCUUCAUCCAGAAGAGGACGCAAUUGCACCUGGUGGACCUGUGGAACAUGAUUGAGGCGUUCCGGGAGAAUGCCUUCCACUCCCUGGAGCCCCUGGCAGAGGUCAGCCUGGCCAGGACACAGACUUUGGUGACGUCGGUCUACUACCAGCUCAACAAGCGGCUGCCCCCGACCCAGCAGGUGGACCUCGGACAGUGCGUCUCCCUGCUGCUCCACUGGCUGCUUGCCACCUACGACCCGGAACAGACUGGUCUUCUGCGGGUGCUGUCCCUCAAGGUGUCCCUGUCCAUCAUGUGUGCGGGAAAGAUGGUCGACAAGCUGCGCUACCUGUUCUCCCUCCUGGCGGACUCUGGGGGCCACCUGAUGCCCGGCCGCUUUGCCCACUUCCUGGAGGAGGCCCUGGCUCUGCCAGCCUCGGUGCUGGAGUCCCCCACCUUCCACUACACCGAGUCCCUGCCGGCGGCCAUCUUUGACCACGCGAGGGUGACGGUGAACGACUUCCUGCUGGGGCUCGCGGGUGACCACACCCCCGACUGCCUGCUCUGGAUGCCUCUUCUUCACCGGCUGGCCAACGUCGAAAACGUGCUUCACCCGGUGCAGUGCGACGGCUGCAACCGGGACUCGUUCCUGGGCUUCCGCUACAAGUGCCAGCGCUGCUACAACUACCAGCUGUGCCAGGACUGCUUCUGGAGGGGCCGGGUGUCCGGCUCCCACACCAACCAGCAUGAGAUGAAGGAAUAUGCCGUCUACAAGUCUCCCAGCAAGCAGCUAGGCCACUCCCUGCGCAAGUCGUUCCGGUGCGUCCCAGACCGGCCCAGCCGGGGGCUGCCACAGUUCCCGGACGAGCCGGAGCGCACCCUCGACCUGGCACACAUCGUGCCUCCUUCUCCAAUGCCGACCCACAACGGUUUUUCCACCCCACCCCACGAAGGGCUGAACGGCUUGCGCAGUGCCCUGCGCCAGAUGCCGGGCGGUUCGGACGAGGAACACCGGCUGAUUGCCCGGUAUGCGGCGCGGCUGGCACGCCUGCGGGAGACGCCUGUGCACCACGCAUCGCUCGAGUCUGGCAUCCCAGCAGACUCUUCGCGACAGCGAGAGCUCGUGGCACAGCUGGAGGCCAAGAACAGGGAGAUCAUGCGUGAGAUAGUGCGCCUGCGGCAGAACCAGGAGCAGGAGGAGGCGGCGGCACUCCAGUCGGGCCAGAACCCGGCCCUGCUAUCGGAGCUGCGCGCCCUUCGACAGCGCAAGCGGGAGUUGGAGGCACACUUGGCCGCCCUCCAGGACAGCCGCAGGGACCUCAUGCUGCAGCUCGAGGCCCUCAUGAAGAUGCUCAAGAACCACCAGGCGUCCCCGCGGUCUACGCCCAACAGCUCCCCCCGGUCUUGCACUUCCAAGUCCCCACUGGGCACCAGCACGCUGGGGGCCCUGUCUGGGGGGGCUCCCUCACUGCCCCGCAGUGCCCCCCCCACCCCGGGGGGAGCCCCCGGCGACAGCCUGUCGGGGCUAGGGGACGACGUGCGCCUGGCCUUUGGGCGGCCCCAGGGGGCCAAGAACCUCAGGGACGACCUGCUCGUGGCUGCCGACUCCGUCACCAAUGCCAUGUCCUCCCUCGUCAGGGAGCUGCACUCUGGUUCGGAGGAGGAUGACACGACCGAGGAAGGCAGGACUCCAAUUAAAGACCAAGAGCUGGGGGCCGGAGGGACGUCGUGGAGGGGAGACCAGCACGGCUUCCAGGACAGCGACCAGUUUCUGGCGGAGCUGUGUCUCCGCAAUGGCGUUACGGCCGGCGGCAGACGGACGGGGCCCGUGCCGGUUGAGGAGACGCCCCAGGGAACCCUGCCGUCCCCUCAGCAGGAGCCGACCCUCAAGGACACUCAGUGAGACGACGCGUCCUAGCCGGCCGGGGCUCUGCGGCACCGGGGCACCACUUUCCAACCCAGGACCAAAACCCUUCCCCCUCCCGUUGCACGGGCGGGACGCGCCUCGUCUAGUCAGCGUCGGGUGGCAGUCGUAGAGGGCUAGAGCCACCGAGUGGGCUACGCUUAGAGCGUCGACACUUCGCUUCCCGACUGUCUCGUCGGUGCCGCCAUUUUGUUGCUUAGUGCGAAGCCGGUGCAAUUGAAAAACGAUUAGAAAAAAAUGAUUUCCCCAGCUUCAACAACGGCUUCAAGAAGCCUGGAUGAUGUCGUCUUGCUUCAUCGCAGUUUUUUUACCGUUUUUGGAGGACAAAAAGCAUUUCCUAGAAUUUCGAGUAAAAUACCAUAUUUACUCGCGUAAUAAACACACUUUGCAUAAAUGUCAUUUUAAUAUAAUAUGGCAGGGUACUGUGGAUCGUCUCCACUGACAGAGGUGCACCCAUGGCUGGUCAUGGGUGUACCACAGUGACCAUGUAAACCUUUUUUAGGCUGCCUUUGGCGUGCCUUUUGCCGAAGAAAAAGCGCUUUACGAAGCUCACUCAGCAUGGAAAGCGACGCAACCAUUCUUAGGCCUAACCACUUUCACGAUGUCACUGUCCGAAAGCAGAUCACAUACGGCGGCGUGUUUGUAGACAUCAAUGCAUCCGAUGGACGAAGCAUGUUUGGGGCUGGGCGAUUCCUCGACCCCAACUUCGCUUGGUGUGUGCGCCGCUCGAUUUCACAGUUGAUCACUUCCUCAACCACGCAAUUGCAGCCAUUACGAGAGCAGCUUGGCUUGGCCUGACUUGGCCUGGCUGCUUGGCGGCCAAAGAAAAUUGGCGGGCUUGGUGGCUAGCCGGCUAAGUUGGACGCAGAUCAAGACUCUCGGAGCCGAAAAUUUAAAGUGCGUUCAUUACGCGAGAAAAAAAAAAUCAAAAUAUUGAUGCCGGUUGUGGGGGGUGCGUUCAUUAUGUGAGCAAAUGCGGUACUAGACAACUGGCAACCAUAACUGUAAGCAAAGAGACAGUUGAAGUGUCUAUUCUCCGAAGCGUAGCUUCAUCGGCGGCUUCAGUUAGGGCCGCACAAGAGGCUCGGAGCGAUGGCGUGCAGACGGAGGGCCACAUAGACGAAGGAAUUAUGCGGCUUGGCUCGCUUUCGACGUAAUGAGAGCCUUGUCAAGUGCAUCUAGCGAAGAGCACGGUGCACCUCACGAGAUUUGGAAACUCUUGUCUACCUGGAUUGCAGCUCAAUGCAGCCGGGAUCGGCAUUCGGUCCCGACGUUCUUCGGGAUUGCCAUCUUUGCGUCCGGCUUCUGGCUUCCAGGCAAUGCCUCCCAGACGACAAAGCCGUAGUGCUGGAUUUUCUACGUCACGCGGCGUGGGGUACAGACAGAAGCGCGGCAAGUCGUAAAUACCUACAUCAGUUGUCCUGAGAGAAGGAAUGAAAAAGAGACCGACAGGAAAGUGGAGCAGGAACACAGCUGAAAUAAUGGGUUUGUUAGUUUGGCCCCGUGACGAGUCAAAGCUACAGUUUUCCGUCGACUUCAUCUCUGGUACAAUGCACUACAGCUGUGUUCUCUAACAAAACAGAGCUAAAAAAGGCUGGGUGCUGGCCUUGGAGGUGAUAUUUCUCUGCUUCUUCGUUUAUAUAUUAAAGCGUCGCCAGCAAUCUGGUUCUGUCGGAACAACUUGAUGUCUGCCGUACGCUUCACCGUUCUUAGGUGGCCGAAUCGCCUAGGAAGACGGGGACCUAUUCCUCUAGAUUUAAUAUACAAACUCUAUGGCCCAGCCUGAGGCACAUGUUGAACGCAAGCGCUGCAUCAAUAUUUGGCUCGUACUCGUUAAAAAAAAAAAAAAGCCGAAUUUGGGGGUUUUACGUGCCAAACCUACGACGGGCAUCUGGCAUGCCCCAUCGGAUGACUGAGGAUUAAUUUGGACUACCUGGGGGUCUUUCGACAUGCAACCGAAAGCUCGGUUACACGGCACCUUCUCCGCAAUAAGCCUCUGUCAGAUUGGGGGCACCUCGGCCGGGAUUCGAACCCGCCACAUGGGGAUCCGUAGGCCGGCGCUCUUGCCUCGGAGCCACCGAGGCGGCCUGUCUCGUACUCGUGUUCAUUCGGUAAGAACACACUGAUACGGCGCUGAUGUUCAAUCUCUAUUCCCCGGUAGCCUCUGGUAGGUGACGUAGAAGAUCCAGCGCAACAGCCUCGUCGUGUAGGAGGUGUAGUUCCGUGUAACCCCCUCGCUGUCCUCUCGGAGACCAAUCGACUGCACCAGUUUUGCGUCAUUGCUAACGAUGCAACACUCUAUUAAUCAAACUAUGGACACUUUAGAUACUCUACAAUAUCAUUGUUAAGCUUUUUUAAGUAAUCUAAAAGCCACUAAAAGAUGCUACUAGUAUAUAAAUAUUUAUAGAGGAAAGCUAUUUAGAAAGUCUUUAUGUUCCUUACUAUUGAUACACACUCUAAGUCCCAACUAAUUCUACUGUCGAUGGCAUUGCUAGACCGCAUUUAGUCCGAGCAUUUAUGCGAAUAAAGCUAAAUUGUGAUGUCACUUUGGAUGCAUCUGUGGGGGGCAGUCGGGUCAAUAGUGGUAAAGAAAAAAUUAAACAAUGUUUACAAAUCUCUAAUGCAAAACUAGAAUGCAGCUCUUGAGGACGAGGAGGGUAUGCCCCUCCUUCUCCUCUGUACCCUCCCCUCCUCCUCCCGUUAAAUUUCCCCUCUAAAUUUUAUGCUAAUAUUAGCGAACAUUCCCUUGCUAAAUUUAGCGGGUUAAGUUUCCCCGUAAAUUUAGCAGGGAAAAUGACGUCACAUGACUUCGUGUCACGUCAAAUUAAGUUUCUCCGCUAGAUUUAGCGGAAAAAUUGACAUCACGCGACCUCAACGCCAAUUCAAGUUUCCGCUAAAUUUAGCGGGGCAGUUACGGUGACGGUGACGCCGCUACACGCGGAAACGGGUGCCUAAGAACUGCGCUCGAAAACGUGCCUGGCAUUAAAAUUGGUGGUUGCACUUGUGGCACGUUUGGGGAAACGAGCACAGACCUUCAUGUAUGCAACAAACAGAGAGAGGAAGUGGGUGUUUUUACUAGUUUUAUGACAACUGACAAACUCGGGCACAGUCCAAGGCAUUUAGUCUCGCCCAAAUCGAUCUGCCCUCUUAUAUUCCCACCUCAAGCAAAGAUUUCCAUUUUCUUUAGCACCCAGCACUGAUGGAAUAAACGCAAAUUUAUACGCAA